GUGGCUGUGCCGCGUCUUAACUAAACUUACGGUUCGUGUGACCAUUCAGCUUCCAUAAACGAGUCAGUAGUAAUGAGGGCUGCGCCAGGUGACAUUCGGGCCCCACUGCGCAUGUGCGGGCGCAUGACGUCAGCGAAAACGGCGGACCAAUCAGGUGAAUACGAGAACGAGGUGACAUAAUAGCCCCGGGGUGGACGCUGUGCGCAAUCGGGCGUAAGCCAAUAGCAGCGUUGGUAUGCGGAACCCUUACGGAGCGUGGUCAAGCGUGAGGCGCGACGGCGUUCGGGAUUGGCUGGGGCGUUCGGUGACGUCAAUCUCCGCGAAAGGUAUAUAGGUGGUGCGUGCAGUGGGGGUAGGCCACCUUCCAUCGUAGCUAUGAAGCCUAUGAAGUGUUUCUGUGGGUUAAACGUUAAGCCCGUGAGCAAAGAGGUUGGCGCCUACCUCAAGUGCGGUGCAGCUAUCGACUACAAAAACGGAGUAAUAGGUUGUGGUUUCUAUUUCAGUCCUGAAGACGCUUAGAUCGUUAAAGAGGCUGUGGGGGACAUUGACGUCGACGGUAUCCCGAGGUGCGAGCACGAGCUUAUCUGUAUAUAAUGUAUAUAAAGCGGAUUUUCGGCUAGCGGUUUUCAGUUGGCCUAGACGGGUUAAAAAACUAUGUCUUUCGAUGACGAUGGUAGUAACAGUGGGUGGCUCGGGCGCUUGUUAGAGUUGUUGCCUGAUCCGAGUGAGGGGGGAGAAGAAGAAUUGGAAGAAGAAGAAGAAGAAGAAGAAGAUGUCGGCGAGGAUUUUCGUUUGCCCCCUGAUUUUUUCUAUGACGCGUUGGCGGAGGACUCACCUCGACCUACCUCUUAUAACGAGUUGUUUGAGGACUUGCUUGGCGGGUGCGACAGCAAUUCCGAUGGGUGGCCAGCGCAGUUCGGGGGUGGGGCCAAGCGGCGGCGGACCGACUCCGACUCCUCGUCCGGCUCCUCGCCCAAGGGGGGUAGUGGUGGUGGUGACGUGAGUUAUGCGCUGAAACAGACCUUCGAUAGAACCUCUACGAAGUUGAAAACGGGUGUCACUGACUACAAGCUGAAUGUCGACCUCCCUAAGCGGCGUACCGUUGAGGAGGCGCUGGCCGAUAUCGAGGCGGUGAUGGAACGGGUGCUUGACGACGUGCUCGAGGGGCUGGCCGACCACGAUUUUGCUAGGGUCACCUUUUCGGCAGACAGUUUGACAAACCCUAUAGCGAUGUCUUACCAGCGUCGUAGCCAGAUUACCGCACAGCGUGCCGUGGCGGAGAUCGAGACGGUGUUGCAGUCCAACCAGCAAUUUCUCUUUGACGGCGAGUUUGACGUGCAUGUCAUCCACACGCGAAUGCCCGCAGGGGCGGGGAAACGAGGGGGGAAACGGGGCAGGAAUAACGGUUCCCUGUACACGGCGGACUUGGACACGUGGCGGCGGGAGAAGGGGAGUGUCAUUCAAAUACACAGUGUCGACGAUAUGUGUAUGGCCCAAGCUAUCGUGGUGGGGGUAGCCUGUGUGACCGGGGACCCAGACUUUCGCAAACUGUAUCACACAAGGAAGGACAGGGGACGCUACAACGCCAUGCAAGUCCACCGUGCUAGGGCUCUCCACCUUGCGGCGGGUGUCCCUUUCGGCCCCUGCGGUAUCCCGGAGGCGAAGCGGUUCCAGGGCCAUUUGGCGGCGUCCAAGAUUGAGCUGAACAUCGUUUCCCGGGAGCACGCUAACACCGUGAUUUUUUGCGGUGACUUACCUGACCCGCUCCAUCGGGUGUACCUCUACCUAGCCCGCGGGCACUACGACUACAUCAAGAGUAUGACAGCUGUGUUGGGGCGGAGCUACUUUUGCACGGCUUGCAAGAAGGGGUACAAUAACGUGCGUCAUGCCUGUGUGAAUAUUUGCAAUGGUUGUGGGGAGUUGGACUGCUCACCGCCAGCACCACCGGCCGACCAGGGUCAUAAGUGGGUCUGGAGGCACUGUGGGGAUUGCAACCGGUACUUUCGGACGGGGAAGUGUUUCGACAACCACAAGGAGGUGAGGCGUAGAGGCCAUCAGGGGAGGUUCGACGCGAGUAGGGCAAAGUCGUGGUCGUACUGUCAGCGUUUCCACAAGUGCGGGACGUGCGAGAAGCUCCUCGACCUCCACCUACCUCGGAGGGAUGGCGGUGCUCACGUGUGUGGGGAGUCCAAGUGUCAGUUGUGCAAGGAGAUGGCCCCGUCCGACCACCGUUGCUACGUCACCACGGGCGAGGCUGUCCUACCGCAGGGUUCCGAUGAGACGAAGCUGAUCAUUUUCGACUUUGAGGCGAUGCCCUUGGCGCAGCACGAGGUGAAUUUUGCGGGGGUGCAAAAGAUUUGUGACGUUUGUAAAGACUGGCCCAUGGACCGUUUGGAGUGCGACACUUGUGGGUUACGGUUGCGCAGCUUCACUACACUUGACGCGUUUUGCAGCUGGCUGUUUGGUGGGGAGAACAAGGGCUACACGUGUCUGGCCCACAACUUCAAAGGGUACGACUCGUACUUCAUCCUGGAGUACCUUUUUAAGAAUGGCUUCAAGCCCAGCGUCAUUUUCGCCGGCGGAAAGGUGAUGCACCUGGCUGUACCUCCACUCAAGAUCGAGAUGAAGUGCACGCUGAACUUCUUUCAGAUGGCUUUGAAGGCCCUGCCGAAAGCGUUCGGUUUCCAGGACGUUGUCCAGAAGGGUGUGUUCCCGCACUUUUUCAACACCCCCGAGAACCAAAACUACGUGGGCCCUAUGCCCGACCUCUCUUACUACGACCUAAAGGGGAUGAAAGCCGAGGAGGCGCGUGAGGUCGCCGAGUGGCACCGGGAGCAGGUCGCCCAAGGGGUGGUGUUUGACCUCCAGAAGGAGUUGGCGGCGUACUGUCACCAAGAUGUGGAGGUGCUGAAGAGGGCGGUGGUGGCGUUCGACAAGUUGAUCAUGGAGGCUGUUGACCUUCACCCUUUCAAGGUGGCCAUGACCAUUGCCUCGUUGACUAGUAAGGUGCUGCGGGUGCGCUUCCUUGGGAAGGAGGCGGUGGGGUCCAUCCCACUGCGCGGCUAUCGGGGGCGUGAUGUGCAGUCGUUGAAAGGUUUGCAGUGGCUCAAGCACCUGGAGCAGCGUGAGGGGGUGUUUAUUCAGCACGCUGGGAACCGGGGGGAGAAGCGCUUACCUGGGGGGAUUAAGGUGGACGGGUACGCUGACGCCACGAACACGGUCUACCAGUACCAGGGGUGUUUUUACCACGGGUGUUCGACGUGCUACAAGCCCGACACUCUCAACCCUGUGACGGGUACCACAAUGCGAGAGCUUCGAGACCACACGCGUGCCAUUGAGUUGCGUGUCCGCGCCUUAGGGUAUCGGUACGAGGAGGUGUGGGAGUGUGAGUUCGACGCGCGGCUGGAGAGCGAGCCGCAACUGCGAGCGCUGGUGGGCGACGUGGAGAACGCCAAGCCUCUCAACCCUCGCGACGCCUUCUUCGGCGGACGGACGAACGCCAUUAAUCUGCACUACAAGGCCGACCUGGAGGUGCAAGAGCAAAUCCGUUACUACGACUUCACCUCGCUGUACCCGUGGGUGAACGCGCGGUGCGAGUACCCCGUGGGCCACCCUGACGCCAUUGUCACCGAGGAUUUUGCUGACCUGCGUGCGUACAAGGGGUUGGUGAAGGCCCGUAUGCUACCACCGCGGGAUCUUUUUUUCCCCGUCCUCCCCGUGCGUGUCAACUCUAAAUUGAUGUUCCCGUUGUGCGCGAGGUGUGCCGAAUUGGAGUGGCAGGGGUCUUGCACCCACACGGAUGAGGAGCGGGCUUUCACCGGUACCUGGUGCCACCCUGAGAUCCACGAGGCGCUGGACAAGGGCUACACCGUGGUCAAGGUGUACGAGGUGUGGCACUGGGACCAGUGGGACUGCCUCUUUCAAGAGUACAUAAAGACUUUCCUCAAAUACAAGCAAGAGGCGUCGGGGUGGCCGGCCUGGUGCGUUACCGAGGCGGAGAAACAGCAGUAUGUCAGCGAGUACGAGCGGCGUGAGGGGGUGGUCUUGGACCCGGCCAAGAUCGAGAGGAACGCCGGGGCACGCAGCAUGGCGAAGAUGGCGCUCAACUGCAUGUGGGGGAAGUUCGGGGAGCAGACCAACCCUAGACGGACGCAGUACGUGGACGAGGCGAAGGACUUCUUUGCGCUGUUGCUCGACGACCACAUCGAGGUGACUGACGUGCUGAUUGUGAACGACGAUAUGCUACAGGUCCACUACAAGAUGAGCGAGGAGUUCCAGCGGGCCAAACCUCACACUAGCGUGGUGGUUGCCGCCGUCACCACGUGUUGGGCCCGGUUAGAGCUGUACAAGCUGCUGUAUCGGCUUGGGGAGCGCUGUCUGUACCAUGACACCGACAGCGUCAUUUUCACCCAACGGCCGGGGGAGUGGGAACCCCCUUUGGGCGACCACCUGGGUGAGUUGACCAGCGAGCUGGCUGGGGGUGAUUUCAUCGAUCACUUUGCCUCCACGGGGCCCAAAAGCUAUGGCUACACCACCUACUCAGGUAAGACCGAGUGUAAGGUCAAGGGACUUCACCUGAACCUCCGCACUUCGGAGAAGGUGAAUUUCGGCACCAUGUUGGAUCUGCUGGAGGACGACAUUGGCGGUGUACGUCGGGUGGAGCUCCCUCACACCAUCCAAAGGGAUACCCUCAAAAAGACUCUCCAUACUGUAACCACGGAGAAAACAUUUAAAGUGGUGUACAACAAGCGGGUGAGAAGGGGAAUGCGUACGUACCCUUACGGUCACCACCUUUUGUAAUUCUCGAUUGUGAAUAAAAUAACGGGGCUACCCUCAAUUGUGUCCAGGCGUCCUUGCUAUAAAUAAGGGUUACCCUGCAGGGGAGGGUAUCAGUUUGGACAUGGGAUGCUGCGGGGAGGAACCUUUCCGCAUGCGGUUUAACAUCCGAACCGCGUUGGAGCGAUUACGGUGCAUGUUCGUGUGCUGCGGGGGUCGUCUGAACAUCCAGGGCUCCCAGCUCGAUGGUGGGCCCCCGAAAGCCAAAAAAAGCGUUGAAAGGCAGGGCUGGAUCGAAGAGAGGGAGAGUUCUGAAAGCGGCGGCAGCGAGGGUAGCGCGACUGGGGAAGGGGGCGAAGAAGGAGGGGAAGGUAGAGAGGAAGAAACCCCUGAGCCAAAAAGCCCUUGACAAGCUCCUUCAACAAAUCUACUAUGACCCCCAACAGCCGGGUAGCCUGGGUGGUGUGGAUAAACUCUUCAGGGCUGUGCGGGCCAAGGGGGUGGGGAGGGAGCGCGUCGCGGCGUGGCUGCGAGGGCAACCCAGCUACACUCGGCACAAGCCUUACGUCCGCCACUACUCGCGUCAGCGGGUGAUUGUGAAUGGGAAGGACCAACAGUGGCAGGCGGACCUGGUGGAUAUGCAGAAGUGGAAGUCCCACAACGAUGGGGACAUUUUACUCGCGAGAAAAGCUAAAGGACUUGAGAGAGUUUGUUAGUCAGUCAUUGAAGUCCGACUGGCUCCCUUUCGUUCUCUCAGAGCCGACAGGGCAACUUACGAACGAGGAGGCGACUUUCAGCGAACUUGGGCUGGUUCCUGCAGCGGUAGUGAACUUUGCAUGGGACGCUGCCAUCAUGGCCGACAUUGCCGCUGCCAGCGGAUCAGUUCAGCAAGAAGACUUCCUCAACGAGGAGCUAAUGACACGGAUACAAGACAUGGCGACGUAAAAACACCCUGUCCUUGAGGGUACAAAACAUGGCGACGUAAAAACACCCUGGGUACAAGACAUGGAGACGUGAAAAGAAUACACAAAACAUUGCGACAUUUGAAUUGACUGAUUUAAAUCUCUAACUGGUCAACUGACUUUGCAAAACAUUUGAUUUACCAAGAUGACUUCGGUGACUGCAGAGAGUCUUCAUGACACCGUGUAAUACCAAACUCGUACCCAGACGCUAACCACCCUCUUUUUCCUUCCAGAAGCUAUUUCUUUUAUUGAUCAGCGACUGGGUACGAGUCUGGUGUAUUUCAUCUUCCAUAGUGCGGCAGUACCUCAAAAUUAUAUCAAUAUUUAAAUAAAUUAUAUUACCGAAGUCGGUGUUGUUUGUGAAAUAGAACUAAAUAAAGCACUAAAGUGUACCUUAUACAUGAAA